AUGGUAAUAUUCAGAAGAUCAGAGAAGACCUGGCUCACGUAUUUCCCGAUUUUGCCUCGGAGAUCGAUAUCUUCUCUCUCCCGUCAACAUCUCGAUAUCGUGAUCUGGCGCUUGGAGUCGAAUCCUUCGCUCGGUAUCGGUGUGUACUCUCUGACAUGGCUUGUUGUGGCACUUGAGAAGGACAUGGAGAUGCCCCGUAUUGUGGCGUCGCGGAGUCAUAAAAAAGGCAUUGAGGUCACCACGAAUGCUAUCCCUCAAUACUCCAGCGGGCGCAUCGGUAUCGCGAGCGCCAUGACCAAGACCAAGGGCUCCCCUAGAAGAAUUUUGCCGUAA